AUGGUAUUGUCCUUAAAAAUCAUUCCCCACACAAGAUCAAGAUCAGCACCACCUCAAUCACUAUCCUUAUCCUCAUCAUCAACACCACCUUCCCGAUCACCAUCUCCAAUUCCCCAACCAAACAUACGUUUAUUUAUUUUGAAACAAAUGGGUCAAACCUCUGCACCAUCAUCCCCAUCUCCAAGUCCAGCAUUACUUCCAUCUCCAGCACAAUACUUAUCUCCAGUACCAUCAACACCAACAUCCUAUUGUACAUAUAUAUGUAAAAAAUUAAUUUGUUACAUUUUUAUUGUAACAUAUUAUUUUUUCCGACUUUGGGUGGAGACGUUUUUAUAA